UUCUCUUCAAGGUGUCGGGGUGAGCGUGUGGUGAGGCGAGCCGCGAGGCUGCGGAGAGCGCAGGCGGAGGGAUGGAGGCGCUGCCCGAGCUGUACGCCAUCUUCCAGGGAGAGGUGGCGUCUGUGACAGAGUAUGGGGCGUUUAUAAAAAUCCCGGGCUGCAGGAAGCAAGGCCUUGUUCAUAAGACUCACAUGUCUUCCUGCCGGGUGGAUAAGCCCUCGGAGAUGGUGGAUGUCGGAGACAAAGUAUGGGUGAAGCUUAUUGGAAAAGAGAUGAAGGAUGACAAACUGAAACUUUCCCUCUCCAUGAAGGUUGUUAACCAAGGCACAGGAAAAGACCUUGAUCCGAACAAUGUUGCCCUUGAUCAGGAUGAGAGGAAAAAACGCAUGUUCAGGGACUACACUAGCCAGAAGAUCACGCUUGAAGCUGUCUUGAACACUGUGUGUAAGAAAUGUGGCUGCAAAGGUCACUUUGCCAAGGAGUGCUUCAUGCAGCCUGGUGGAACCAAAUAUAGCCUGAUUCCAGAAGAGGAGGAAGAGGAGGUGACAGCAGCAGAAUGUGAAAGACACAAAAAGAGCAGCUUGACUGAUGAUUCUUCAAAGAAAAGGAAAAAGGAGAAGAAGAAGAAAAAGAAGCACAAGAGUAAGCAGUCCUCCGAGUCCGACUCGGACAGCUCUGACUCGGACAGCGAUGGGGCUCAGCCAGCCAGCAAGAGGGCCAAGCACUCGGGGAAGGCCAGCAAGACGCAGAAGAAGAAGAAGAAGAAGCAUAAGAAGAAGACCAAGGAGUGACCGGGCAGAUGGGGCACUGGUAUUGUGAAUCCCUUGAGAAUACUGUUGGGGGCAAGCAGGACUGAAUCAGUGUGCUCCUCGCACCGAGCCAAGGAGAUUCCUUCCUCCAAAAGUAACAUCCAGCCCGUGCUGCUAAAGCUGUUGAUGUCGCUGUAAGUUUUUCUGUUACCUUAGACGUGGGCUGCUGCUUUCUCCCACCAAGGCCCGUGGCCAUAUCUGCCCAAAUCGGCUAACUGCCCCCGAUCAGCAGCAGCUCUCCUGUUCUGUAGCCUCCUGUGCAGCCGGGUGAGCUGCUGCCGGGGCUGCCCUGAGCCGGUGUGACAUCAGCCAUGAUCCCGUUGCCUGUUCCAGGUGGAGCUGCGCUGCCUGGCCGUGCUCCCAGCCCUGCUGCACACGUGCUGCUGGCUCAGGGCAGCCGCGGGGACCGAUUGCAGCCCUGACCAAGGCCGUGCUGCGGAGCAGCUCAGGAAGGGCCCCGCUAUCUCUGCACUUGCCCCUUUCCCAGCUCAAGGCGUUGUUAACCCUGCCUGGAGGGGGUUGGUCCCUGACUCGGUGUUGGUACACAAACCCUCCCCCUGCCGCCUUCAUUUUGUCUGUAAAUAUUGAGAGUGGGAGAGUAAGAAGCAAAGUGGUGAGUGGAGAUAUUUUAAGUAAACAUUAACUGUGGUGUAUUUGCUGCCUCUGUAAAGGAUGGGAAAUAAAUCUCUCAGCCCUCAAGUU